AUGAAUCUACAAGCUAUAAAGGAAGCUGCUCUCUAAUUAAAAGAUAAACUUACAAAACCACCAUUAACUGAUAUCUUAAUAGAAGCUACCUCAAAUGAAAAUUGGAACACACCCACUAAAUUAUUAUAAGAGAUUUCAGAAGCAUCAUUUAUAUUCACAUAAUGUGAUACUAUCAUGAAAUUUAUAUGGAAGCGACUUGAUUCGGACAAUCGGGAAUGGAGAAGAAUUUUGAAAACACUCAAUCUAAUUGAGUAUUUGACUAAGAAUGGAGCACCCCGUUGUGUUGGAGAAUUCAGAGAUUCUAUAUUUAAAAUAAGAAGUUUUUCGGAUUUCAUUUUAAUUGAUUAGGGUUCUGACAAAGGACUUGCAAUUCGUGAUAAGAGUAAGUAACUUGUUGAUUUACUCUGCGACGAGAAGUAAAUUGAAGAGGAACGAGAGAAUGCAAAAAGGAUUCGUGAGCGUUUGGCAGGCAAUAUUCUUAAUUAAAUUUUAGCUGCAGGAGGAAUUGGAGCCAUAGGCAGUAAUACAAAUUAUUAAGGUUAUGGAAAAGAUACCUACAAGAACGACUCAUAUAAAGGAUAUGGGAAUGAAUCUUAUAAAAAUGAAGCCACUCGAAAUAAUACCAAUGAAUAAAAUACUACUACUACUACUAAAUCUGAUUAAUAAACAUAUUAAUCAAAGUAUGGAAUCUGGGAUAAUAGUGGUCUUGAGAAAUAUAAGAAAGCAGAAACUAAAAAUAACAAUAACAAUAAUAAUAGUAAUAACAAUAACAAUAAUGAUGCUAUUUAAUGGGAUGUACCUAAACCUGAAGUAAUUUAACCUACAUUCAAAGAAACUAUUUAAAAAUUAGCCAAGCAAAAUGAAAAAUGGGAUGUUCCAGCCUCAAGGCCUACAUAAUAAUAACCAUAAUAAGUUUAAUAGGCAAAACCAUAAAAUACUUAACCAUAACAACAAUAAACUUAGAAGUAAAAUGUAAUUGAUAUUUUUGAUUUCGAACCUUAAUAAAACUAGUAUCCAUAAGUUCAACAGAUCUAACCACUUUAACCUCCUCCAUCUUAAAAGUAGAAUAAUAAUGAUUGGGGGUCCUUUGAUAAUGUAAAACCCUAAACCUCUACACAAUAAUAAACAUAAUAAUAAGUUAUUUUACCUUUAGAUGCAUUUAAUUAAUAAGCUUAAUAAUAAUAGAUAUAAUAAUAAUAGAUAUAACAAUAAUAAUAAUAGUAGUAAUAAUAAUAAUAAUAGAUAUAGUUAUAACAAUAAUAAUAGAUAUUAUAAUAAUAAUAAAUGUAAAGAUAAUAAAAUAAUUUCUUUGGAUAAGAUCUUUAACAAAAUUAGUAAUAAUAACUACAAUAACUAUAUUAAUAAUAAUAAUUUUCAUAACCACAAUAAUAUUAUCAAUAAUAACAUCAAAAUUAAUAAUCAAAUUUGAAUCUUUAUUAAUAAAAUUAUCAAUAACCUUUAUAAGUAAACUAUAAUUAAUAACAAUAUAAUUCUAUGAAUCAUCAAUAGUAGUAGUAGUUUUAAGUUAAUUAAUAAUAGUCUAACUAUAAUUAGUAAAAUGUGUAAUAAACAAAGUAGGAUGAUUUAGUGUUUGGCGAUUUUAUUUCAGCCUAAUAAUAAAAAUAACCAACCAAUAAUUAAACAGACCUUCUGGGGAUGUUGGAUUUGAAAAAAGAAAAAGAAGAACUAGAGAGCAAGAAAUAGAUUCCAUUAGGAAAUCAAUAAAUUUAGCAGAAUUAAAUCUACCCUGACAUCGAUAACUUUGCAUAUAACUAUCAAAAAAAAUAGUAAACAUUUAGCAAUUAUUAAUAUCCAUAAGGAAGAUGA